AUGAUUUCAACUCUUGAAGAGCAUUCAAGAUAGUAGAUUGGAGGCAUUUAUAAAGCAAGCACAAACAAAAUGUUGAAGGAAUAGUUUUAUGAAAUGUAUUUUAACACUCAAAUUACCACCAGAUUAAUUUUAUCCAAAGGAGAUUUUGUUAAUCAAUUGAUAAAAAAAGCAAAUUAAUUAAACAUGAAUAGUAAAUUAAUAUCUAGUUAAUCAAAAUCAUUUUAUAUAUAAGCCUUAUGUCAAUUUGAUGUAUUUUAAGCGAAAUAACUUCUAUAUUCAAAAAAAUUGGAGCUAUAAUCAAAAAGGAUUUCAAAAGAUGAAGCAGCAGGUUAUGACAUUUUCAUAAAGCUCCUAAAAAAUAUUUUAAGCCCUUUUGAAUGCACUCAAAGUGAAUUAAAUUUUCUAGUGGACAAUAUUUUUGAAGAAUGGAUGAAUAAAAAAAAAACUUGUUUUCUCUAAACAAAAAAACAGGCUAAUUUGAAAAGCUCCUACAAAAUGCAUCAUAACAAAUCAUCUGAUUGA